GAUAAUUUUGAUGUCCAAUUCAAUUUUCUGUUCACCACCAUGUCCAUCUUCAUCCUCCUCUCUCUCUUGGGAUUUCUGAGCUUCACACCCGAAGCUGCUCCAGAAUUUAGAAGUCAUUUCUGUACUAAUGGGAGCUAUUUCGGACCCAACGAUACAUUCCAAGCCAAUUUGAAUUUCCUUCUCUCUUCCCUCACCUCCAACGCUUCUCUACCCGACGGUUACUACCGUACCACCGUGUCCCCGUCCACCCCCUCCACCAUCACCGGGCUUUUCCUCUGUCGUGGCGACGUCACCCCCGCCGUGUGCCAGCCUUGCGUUGCCGCUGCAUCCAAGGAGAUAAGACGCCUCUGCCCAAACCAAACAGAGUCCAUAAUCUGGUACGAUGUGUGUAUGCUUCGUUACACGAACGGGAACUUGAACCCCAUGGUUCCUUAUGUGAGUUUGAGAAACACCAACACCAUAGCUAGCUCGGAACGGGAUCGAUUCGACCGCGUGCUGUCGAACAUGUUGAAUAAUGUGACAGAAAAAGCAAAUAUCCAGACAGGGUCCACAGGGAAGAGGUUCGCUACGGCGGAAGUGAACUUCACGUCGUCGGAAACCUUGUACAGCCUCGCACAGUGCACUCCUGACUCGGCCGGCUCUGUUUGUGAUUCUUGUUUCCGCAGUGCCAUUGCAUCCCUUCCAAGUUGCUGUAGUGGGAGCAAGGGGGCAAAUGUUCUGGUUCCAUCAUGUAAUAUCAGAUAUGAAUUUUAUCGGUUUUACAAUAUGACCCACGUUUCCUCUGAACCACUGGUUCCUCUUUCAGCUGGGAUUGAUAUUUCAGAGAUAGGGGCUUUGCAAUUUGAAUUGGCGGCCAUAGAAGCUGCCACAAAAAAGUUCUCAGAUAAGAACAAGAUUGGCCAAGGUGGAUAUGGGGCAGUUUAUAAGGGCAUCCUUCCAAACGGACAGGAGAUAGCUGUGAAGAGGUUGUCAGUAACCUCCUUGCAGGGUGCUAUGGAGUUUAGAAAUGAAGCCGCUCUUGUGGCCGAACUUCAACACAGGAAUUUAGUGAGGCUGUUGGGAUUUUGCUUAGAAGGGCAAGAGAAGAUAUUUGUCUAUGAAUAUGUCCCAAACAAAAGCCUCGACACGUUUCUAUUUGAUCCAGAAAGGAAAACAAGACUAGAUUGGCCAAAACGCUACAAGAUUAUUAUAGGCAUUGCUCGAGAAAUGCUAUAUCUCCAUGAAGAUUCUCAAUUUAGAAUAAUUCAUCGUGAUCUCAAAGCUAGUAAUGUCUUGCUAGAUACUAGUAUGAAUCCAAAAAUUUCAGACUUUGGUAUGGCAAAAAUCUUCCAAGGUGAGCAGGCUCAAGCAAAUACAGGAAGAAUAGUUGGCACCUUUGGUUACAUGUCUCCAGAGUAUGCGAUGCACGGACAAUUUUCUGUAAAAUCAGAUGUGUUUAGCUUCGGUGUCUUGGUUUUAGAGAUUAUUACUGGCAAGAAGAACACUGAUUUGUACCAAUCACAUCAAGCCGAUGACCUCUUAAGCUAUGCCUGGAAUAACUGGACACGAAAAACACCUCUGGAGUUGUUGGAUCCAACACUGAGAGGUUCUUAUUCAAGAAAUGAAGUCACAAGAUGCAUCCAUAUUGCUUUAUCAUGCGUUCAGGAGAACCGUUCUGACAGACCAUCGAUGGCAAAUAUAGUACUCGUGCUCAACAGUUACUCUGUUACUUUGUCAUUGCCUCGAAAGCCUGCAUCCUUACCGCUCAGAAGAACACCAAACAGGCAAAACAAUGUCGUUGGUUCUGACCAAUCUACAUGUUCAAUUCUAUGGUCUACAGAUGAAGCCCCCAUCACUGACGUUUACCCUCGAUAA